GUCCAUUUCAGUUGAGCGUCACUACCACCAUUCUUUUUAACCGGGACAACAUGGCUACUGCAGCGAGCCGUUACUACAGCGAAGACGGCAGGGCAACAAAACGACAGAAAACCGACGGAAUGGCCACAGGAUACGAAGAUCCUCACAAAACCCUUCCUUCUGUGGUGGUACACGUGCGAGGGCUUGUGGAUGGUGUUACUGAGGCUGACCUUGUGGAGGCAUUACAAGAAUUUGGCGCAAUCAGUUAUGUGGUAGUAAUGCCAAAGAAGCGUCAGGCACUGGUGGAAUAUGAGGACAUGAAUGGCUCAUCCACAGCUGUAACUUAUGCUGCAGACAACCAGGUUUACAUUGCGGGCCACCCAGCUUUCAUUAACUACUCCACGAGCCAGAAGAUCUCCAGGCCGGGAGACUCAGACGAUUCCAGAAGUGUUAACAAUGUUCUUCUGUUCACCAUCAUGAACCCCAUCUACCCCAUCACCACAGAUGUUCUCUACACCAUCUGCAACAACUGUGGGCCCGUCCAACGAAUCGUCAUCUUCAGGAAGAACGGCGUUCAGGCAAUGGUUGAAUUUGACUCUGUGCAAAGCGCCCAGCGAGCAAAAGCAUCUCUGAAUGGAGCUGACAUCUACUCUGGCUGCUGUACCCUGAAGAUAGAGUACGCCAAGCCAACUCGCCUGAAUGUGUUCAAGAAUGACCAAGACACCUGGGACUACACAGACCCCAAUCUUGGCGGUCAAGAUGGUGAUGCAGAUGACAAUGGGAGCAAUACAGAUGAUGUGAAUGCCAACCCCAACAAACGCCAGAGACAGCCCGCUUUGCUUGGUGACCACCCUCCAGAGUACGGAGGUGGCUAUCAUGGCUAUGACGAGAGCUACGGAUCCUCACCCUAUGAGGGUCGUCGCAUGGGUCCACCAAUGAGAGGGCGUGGUGGGAGGAGUUACGGCCCAGGCUACGGUCCCCCUCCUCCUCCUCCUGGCGAGUACGGAAGCCAUGCUGAGUCUCCAGUAGUCAUGCUGUAUGGACUGGACCCUGCAAAGAUGAACGCUGACAGAGUCUUCAACAUUUUUUGUCUCUAUGGAAACGUAGAGCGGGUUAAGUUUAUGAAGACGAAGCCUGGAGCCGCCAUGGUUGAGAUGGGAGACUGUUAUGCAGUGGACCGAGCCAUCACUAACCUGAACAACAACUUUCUCUUUGGACAGAGACUGAAUGUGUGUGUGUCCAAGCAGCAAGCCAUCGUACCUGGGCAGUGUUAUGACCUGGAAGAUGGAACGAGCAGUUUCAAGGACUUCCACGGCUCCAGGAACAACCGGUUCACCUCACCAGAACAAGCAGCCAAAAACCGCAUCCAGCACCCGAGCAAUGUGUUGCACUUCUUCAACGCCCCACCAGACGCCACGCCGGAAAUUUUCUCUCAGAUAUGUGAAGAGAUUGGUGUCAAGAACCCUGUCAAUGUCAAAAUGUUCACAGGAAAGAGCGGUGCAGCUCCCAGUGACCGCAGUGCUUCGGGUCUGCUAGAGUGGGAGUCUAUCAAUGAUGCCAUGGAGGCCCUGGCCAUGAUGAACCACCACCAGAUGAAAAACUCAACUGGUCCUUACCCUUACACCCUCAAACUCUGCUUCUCCACCGUUCAGCACGCCAACUGAGCGCGUUGUAGCCAGGGAGACAAAAUUGGUCCACCAUUCCCAAGUUGAUGUGUACUUAGACGAUGACUGCUUGUGACACGCCUGGGGGAAACCGAUUCUCAGACACCUCAUUCUGUGAAAUAUGUUCAGACAGAAUUGAUUCUUGUAUUUGGAAUGUAACACAAACCUAACAAGCAGCCAUUCAACAUGUUUUGAUAUUUAUGCCCCAGGUGUGGUUUAAAGUACCUGUGUGUCUUCAAGAUUACGUUGUCCUUUUUAUUUUUUGUAUGAAGCUUCUACAGAAACCUGACAUGUGAGAGAGGCUAUUUGAUGAGAGUUGAUUUUAUGCUCAGGUGGUUCAUCAACCAUGGACGUUGUGGUUUUGUAAAAGAGUUGUCUUUUGGAAUUUUAAUGGCUCUGUUUUUUUCUUAUUGAUAUUUUAAUUUCUCCAUUUUAAGUUCUGUGUCCCCACGUCUGAUCUGCAGUUGGAGAAUUGUUUUGUUCUAAGAAAAUUAAAAGGAGAAACAGAAGUUCAGUGUUUCUUUCA